CCUCCAUGUCUUGCUUUUAAAAAAAAUUGUGUUUUUGGGAAAACGUCCUUUUCCUGUAUUUCUUUAAAUUUAAUAUGCCGACAUUUGUUAGACGUUUAUGUUAGCAAUUCCACGCACAUGAUUUAAACCAUAAUGCCUACAACAGACAGAAUUCUAUUGAAUUAAUUCACAGCCAAUAAUAUUAUACUUUCAUUGCGAGGCAUAAAUGCACAUCCCCCAUACCAUCGCAGUUUUGUCUUCUCUCCACAGGGGAUAAGCGCGUUAGUUCUGAUUAUGUUAUAAGAGGAAAAACACAAGUUGAGCGACUUUUACUAAAACUAUAAUGAAACACAACUUGAAGAUUCUCUUAGGAUCGACUUUUCUUUCUUUCAAAAUGAAAUUUAUUUGCGGUUCAUAAGUGUUCCAGGUGACAAUUUCUAAAUUCCCCGGUAGCGUGUUUGGAUGUGUCUUCUGAAAUAGUGACGGCCUCGGAAGCAAAAAAGCGACAGUUCUUGAAAUUCUUGGUUAUGAUUUCUGGUAAAACACCGCUUCGCUGGAACACCCUGGCGAGUCGUAAACCCAAAAGAACUCAUAGGAAACAAAGAUUAUUCUCCAAAAAAGUGUGUUUAUCUUGGUGAAAAUUCUACAUGGAUGCUUGCAGGAAUAUGCUGAUCACCCUGGUUGUUAUGUUUAUUUACAACCUCUUUUCAAGAAAUGAAGUUACUGGUUUUAGCCAGGAUUACAACAGAAAUACAAAGCCUUCGAAAAAAACACGGUUAAAAGAUAAAGACAGAGAGCAAUCGGCAACUUACUCGACAGUGUCGAGAAUUCUACGGGAAAGGCUACGUGACGAAGAGACUUACGACAAAUGGGUUCGUCCAAAUGACACAGGAGAUGCAGUUGAAGUGCUGGUCGAAUUCAAGGUUAUGGCCUUUGGAACAAUAAGAGAGGAAGACAUGGAUUACUCGCUUGACAUAUUCUUCAGACAGUGGUGGCGAGACGAAAGACUAGCCCACGAUGUAGAUAAAGUUUUCAAUAUGGCCGCGAACCCCGGACAGUACUUUUGGACGCCCGACACUUAUUUCGUCAACGUCAAAAGCUCAAAAUUUCAUCACGUUACCAGGGAAAACAUGAGGACAAAAAUUUGGCCCGACGGACUAAUUUACUACAGUUCUAGAAUAACGUUAACAGCGUCGUGUGAAAUGGACCUCCGUUUUUUUCCUAUGGACACACAAGACUGCGUGCUCAAGAUUGAAAGCUAUGCGUAUACUGUGGAAGACGUAAUUUAUAACUGGAAUAAUCGCGGCACUACACCUAUCGAGAUAUUCGCGGGAGAAAUGGCGCAGUUUGAUAUGACCGAGGUCACAACUUCGAAACUCGAGUCCAACAAUAGCAAAGGCUCUUUCGAUAGUCUUCGCGUGUCGUUCAGGUUCAAGCGCCGUACGUCGUAUUUCAUUGUGCAGCAUUACGUUCCUUCCGCGUUUAUUGUCUUCCUCUCUUGGCUCGGCUUCUGGAUCAACAAGAAUGCCGUGCCUGCGCGCAUCUCUCUUACAGUCACCUGCAUCCUAAGCACAAUGGUCCUUUUCGAGUCGAUCAACUCAUCUCUUCCACGAAUAUCGUAUCUCAAAGCAGUAGAUUAUUAUCUUAUCAUCUCCUUUAUGUUCAUCCUGGCGUCCAUGGUGGAGUACGUACUUGUGUUGAACGUCACCGAUUACAAGCGUAUUACCCUAAGUAGGAAGCACAGUUUACAAAUUACUCAAAGUAUCACCCUUACUGAUGUCAUGGACCAGCCAUGUCAUUGUCGAGAGCGGUCUAACGGCCUACCAAGACCUCGACGAGAAUUACCGGUGCCCAAUGGCUUUUCUGACGCUGAUCACGUGACCAACAUACUUCCGUUGCAACGUUUAGCGUCGCACAAACAACAGGAAAAGCACGAGUACAAUUUUGGCGAUCAGCUUUCUAGUAGUAGCUACGAACAUUACGCAAAGAAGUCUCAUUUCAUUGACCAUUGCUCUAAGAAGGUAUUUCCACUGCUGUACGCGCUGUUCAAUAUCGUGUAUUGGUCAUAUUAUUUGCCGCAAGUGUGAUAGGGCGUGAUGAGAAUGCGACAAGGAGGGACUGCUCCUCGGGUUAGGGUUGAACCCUGUGGCACGUCGUCAUUUGUCAUAUUAGGCACUAAGGCAUGUGCAAAAGACCCGCGGGUCGCCACAGGAUGCGUAAAACACUCGCGGGACGCCAAAGGACGCGUAAAACACUCGCGGGACGCCACAGGAUGCGCAAAAAACACGCGGGACGCCACAGGAUGCGCAAAACACUCGCGGGAGCCCACAGGAUGUGCGAAAAAUUCGAGCUCACAGAAGAAAAGAAUGACUGUGUGACGUUACGGGUUGUGUGGAAGAUUCACGGGACGCAACUGAAUGUACAAAUGACUCGCGGAAUGCUGUAGGAUCUGCAAAAGACUCACGAAACAAUACGAAAUACGUAGAAAAACAUGCGCGACCUUGCCCGAAGCUUUUGGUAUUUGUGGGGUGUUAAGGAAUGAGUUUCUGGAAGCCGAAUGUGCUGAUUUUAAGAAGACCUGACGAAAAGAAAACAUUCGAAAAAUCUUGAGAAAGCCCAAGUAAAAAUAGUUCGUGUUAUUGAUUAAUAAAUAUAGAUCUGAAAGUCACUUAAUGUAGGGAUAGUCAGAGAUACAAAGACGCUUAUAAAGAGAUAAGCUAAAAAUAUAAAAAAAGAGCAGGUAUCGUAACUUGCCAUUUUCAAAAAGAGUGAAAGGCUCGCCCCAGUCCAUCACUUGUUUUAAAUUUCGAGUUAUCUCUAUUGGCAUUAUCAUGAUACAAUUUUCCUUAUUCUCCUGACUUUAAGAAAGUUUGGAAGCGCUAUUCUUAGAUAUCUGUUACUUCUGACCAAGGGAUGGGUGCUACUCUAUAAUAACAGUGCGAGAUGGCUGUCGUUUUUCUAGAAAGCCUGUGGCGAGCUUACGGGAAGCAUGUCAUAUAUCAAAACGUUUAGGUCUUGUUACCUUUUCAAUAUGGAGGAUGGCCGAGUAAGCUAGAAGAACGACAGUUUGAUCGACUAUCGACCGGUUAAAAACUAUUGCGUUUGAUUACUUAUUAUUGGUGAGGCAUCACAUGAAAUGAGCAAACCAUAAA